AUGGCCAGCAGCGGUCAGCAGUCCAGAAGAGGCAGUCGAGAUGUGCCACUCAACAUCGCCAUUUGCAUCGACAUGGAGCCCAAAUUUGGUCCAGUACUGCUUCCGUUGACCAUUGAGACGCCGCCCAUGCAGCUUCGUUUUUUGAAGAUUCUUGGCGACGUGCUUGAAGCAUGCCGACAUGGAGCCGUAUGUCGGGAGAGCGACCGGAUCAGCUUCAAGCAAGCCGUCGACAAAGCACGAACCAUCUCCGCAAACUCGGUGUUCAAUUCCAAAAUCAGGCGCGGCUUCACCGCUCCUACCGGGCCACGGCUUGCGCCAACGGAGUUGCAGGAGAGGCAGGAUCACAAGAUGCCGCCGCCACGGACGAAGAGCCUCCAUGGCCCAGCACGUAUGCUCACCCAGAUGGGGGGAAAUAUUGAGAUGAACCCCAUUGCCGAAAGCUCGGAGGAGGAUUCCCUGGAGCUGUCGAAUGAGAAGCCAGUGCGAGCAGUCACUUGUGGCCAUCUGGCGCCUCCCGAAGACAAGCAGGUCCAUCGCCCUCGUAGCUUGGGGGACUUGCGGGCCUUCGACUUGGCAGAGCAGGAGCAGUCGGACGACGAAAACAGCCCGCGGCUUUCAUUACCUGGGGAUGCUUCCAGUGAUGAGGAGGGUGGUGCUGACUCAGGUUACCGUCCAAUUGAGGAGGAUGACGAGUCGGCGAUGUUCAUGCACCCGCCGCACAUCCGAAAUUCGAGCAUCUCUUGUGCCACGGUUCACAUUUAUCGACACUGCGUACGAUCAACGGCUACGAAGGUGAAGGGGGCUCACUAUGAUGACCUCGCACACUACACAGACUUGCCGCUGCCUGAUUGGAACGCGCCGAUGAAGUGGUGCACCGACCAAGGUGCUGCACUUAUCAAAAAUGAAGGAAAGAAGCUGAGGCAGCGAGAGCCCAAGAUGGAUCUGUCGAAGCUGAAGGUAAUCGUGGACACGGAUCAGCGUGUCGCUACGAGUGCAAAUUCCCUACUGCAAGGGCUUGCUGGUCAGGGUGAAAUCUUUGCGCCACGGGUGGACUAUUUCCCCGUGCUCUUCAAUGCCUUCAAACCUUUGGCUGGCGCGUCCGUUUGCAAAACUCCGAGCAAGCAGCUUGAGAUAGCACAGAAACAGCAGCGACUGGACACGACACCGAUGCCCAUGGGUGUCGGUUUUGCUCACGACAUGAACCAGACAAGGUACAACGAAGUGUUGGAGCUUUUUGAGAAGUUAUUCGGAGUUGGUGCUGCAGGCUCUCUAAAGCAGAUGACCAAUCCACCCAUCAUCGACAACCAGUCAGGACUCCUGAAAGGGGCUCCUGUCGUGCUGAAGCUUCUUGCAACGAAUCUGAUGUUUGCUUAUGCAUCUAACAUUACCAUCGCAACCCAUGUGCCAGUAAGCCGGGAUCAGAUCUUCGAGCUCGGCGCCUGGAUUCAUUGGCAGCGUCGGGUCACACAAAUACCGGCCCAUUUUGUGCCAAAGAAGGCUUGUGGCGCUCUUUCUAUCAUUGCUACGCUUCUGGGCAAACCCAGGCAGAAACAUGCCAUCUACGUGGGGCAUGACAGCGAUCAAGAUGCCUUGGCACACUUUUUUCAGAUUACAUGGAAAGCGCCUCCUUUCCCCGUAUGGAAACCGACACCUCCGGGGUCAUCACUGCGCUUCACGUCCUUAGGUGACAGCACAGCUUUGGUGCAUUUCACAUACCAGGUCUUCGACUCCUCAGACGACCCUGAUGUUAAGGUAGUGCCCACCUUGCCUGGCCGGGUGAACUUGUUUGAAGUCAAAGCCUUCAUCGAGAUGCAAAUCACGGACUUUGCAGGUGAAGAGUGCUUGAAAGUUUGCACCUCUCUGAGUGCGAACAUGUGA